AUGAGCUUAGAUCAGCAGCCCCCUCACCCAUCUGUCAGCGAGCGCAGAGGUCAACGACUAGCACCGCUCCAAACCAACUUCAGUCGUCCUAAUGCGCGUGCCUCCAUGCAAUUUCCACCACCUGCGCCAGCUUCUCACCCCGCCCUCGCUCAGUCUGCUGCACCUUCUCGACCGCAACGUCCACGGCCAUCGGACUAUCAGACCGAGACCGAAGUAGAGAGGAUCCCGCUGCAACAGACUCCCCCGGUGAAGCGGCAGUCUUCCAAGUCCGGUCUGCGUGGCCUCUUUGGGCGCGAGAAGGUAUCCCGCAAGUCCAGCAACGACGCGAGGCUGGCGGAGAUCGAAGAGGCGCAAAGCGGCACGGUACCCCAGACGGUGACCAUCGCAGAGACCCCGUUAUCACCGAGUCUGUGUGCCACGCCCAAGACGGUCAUAUCUAUAACCACCGCCGCCUCGUCCUCGGGCGAUUCGAAUCGAACCCGACUGUCGUCCAAAUCUCGAGGAAAGAGCAGCGAGGACCGACCAGUCGCGCCGGACCAUGCCUGGAAACCUCCCCCGCUCUUCCAGGCCUACCCCCAGGCGAUCAAACACGACUGCCUCUGGACUCCGGCCAUGUCGUCAGAUUCCAUUCUGCGCAUCCACGCCACCGCGAAGAACAGUGACUCCACUUACGAGGAUCCGCAGGGCAAUCAGCCCCAGACGGAUGAAUCGUCCGCGGAACGGAAGAAGAAGGAGAAGGAGAAGAAGCACAUGAGAUCCGUCUCGGAAACCAUCGGGAAGACCGAAUGGUCCCAAAAGGUAUAUGUGCUGGUCACAUCCGGUUACAUUUUGCAGUACGCGGGGAGCGGGAAACACGAUCGAUUGCCAGAGAGGAUGUUGCAGAUCUGCCCCAAGUCUGUGGCCUUUGCCAGCGAUGCCAUCCCGGGUAAGCACUGGGUGCUCCAGGUCUCUCAAAGCUCAGACGAGGAAGGUGCGACUGCGGUGGAUACCCAUCGGCCCCUGUUCUCCCGCUUGGGAUUCCACCGAUCUCAUGCGCGGAGGUGGACUCGGAGUUUUCUCCUCGUCUUUGGCAACCCGGAGGAGAUGAGUGCCUGGCUUCUGGCCGUCAGGGCUCAGAUUGAAGCCCAUGGCGGCAAGAAAUAUGUCUCGGAGAGGCUGUAUGACGAGGAGUUGCAACGACAGCUGCGACCCAAACAGAGUAUGCGACAGAUGGUGCAAAAGGAUCCCAAUCGCAUCUCCAGCAUCUAUCUCCAGCCUCAGCCUCAGUCGGCCGGCCCCGAUGACAAGGAUUCCGCCAUCAGUGACCAAUCUCGCCGGAGCUCCUACAUGUCCCUCCAUCGCCGCUCAAUGGUUAUCCAACCCGGGUCCGACUCCCGCUCGAACUCCAUUUCCACGGCACAUACGGACGUGACCCCACCACUGAAUGGUAAUAGCAAUUGCUUUGGUCAUUCUCACACACCCGUUCCACCGUCAACUGGCUCGUCUUCUAAUGGGGGGACCGUUCCCGCCGCACAAGGCCCCAUCUCCUCAAGUCCGCCGAAGCGCCAUUCCCUGUUGUAUGCUUCCAUCUCAACUACAGAGACGUAUGAGCUUCCCCAGUCACUGUCCACGGUGCCCGAUCCGAUCUUGCGCAGCACCUCGCCUCCGGCACCCAACUUUAGCGUCCCAUCGUUUAGCAAGAGGUUUGCUGCGAAGAACAUCCAAGCGCAAUUCUCCCACAUCCACCCAGUUGAUUCCGACCAGACCAGCCUGAACCGUUCUCACGACCCUGAUGAUCAACUCGAUCCCCUGUCCGCAUUUCCUUCCCCACCUCAAUCACCGACACGCAACAUGAGUAGAACUGGCAUGAACGAUAUAAACGAACACCCCUCGGUCACUCGCGAUGCCUUUCACAGACGGCAACUACGCAUGUCCAACUCCGAGGAUUCGCUGGCGGAUCCUCACCCCAAAACCUAUGACUAUAGGAACUCCCCCAUGUCUCGGCUACCCUCCAUCAGCGCGGCGAUGUCUUCAGCGAUAGCCCACUCCUUUCGCCCGUCAAGCAUUGCGCUUGAUCCGUUGGCGAGCCAUCCCGAUGACUUGGAUGCCCCUCGCACGGCUUUAGACAGAGGCGAACCCAUCCGUCGCGACCCUCAUCGGACCCGAGUGUCUGUCCUCUAUCCAACAGACCCUACUGGUCGACCUCUCAGCAUGGCGCGGCGCAAGAGUAUGCCAGGCCUGUCUGCUGGGCCUCCCGCAGCGCCUCCGCCAAACUGCCCGUUGCCCAAGCUGCCGCCACUCGGUCACCCUUCUCAGCCACCGAGCUCUCCUCCCCCGAUCCGUUCCUGCAAAUCGCCGCCGCUGACCGACCCGCGAGACCAUCCAGAAAACCUCAACAACGCAACACAACCCGUUUCAUCCACGCCAUUCCCUUCCACCACACCAAGCAUAGACACACGGGUCGUGUCCGGAUUAUAA